CAUAAAAAUUAAAAAAUAAAAAUAUAUAUAUUAUUUUCUGUCUUUGGCAGCACUCUUAAUAUCAACAGACAUAAAAUGUCCGCCACACACAAACAGCGCUAUAAAAAUGCCGCUCUGAGCUCAACAGAGAUGCGGCGCAGACGCGAGGAGGUUGGCAUACAAUUGCGUAAAACUAAACGUGAACAGCAGCUGUCGAAGCGUCGCAAUGUUGUCCUGGACCCAACACCGGCCACCUCGCCGGGUGCCGGCAUCGAUAGCAGCAGCAGUGGCGAGUUGCAUCUGCAAAGCGGCGACAUGCACAUGGCGGACAGCAGCAGCCAUGGCAUGGUUAUGGGCGGGGGAGGAAUGCAAUCACAUGGGUCGGGUCAGCCCGAGGGCUUUGUGCCGCAAUCGAUUAUCAAUGCAGAGAUGAUUCAGAUGCUAUACAGCGAUAAGGAAAGCGAUCAGCUGGAGGCGACGCAAAAGUUUCGCAAGCUGCUGUCCCGCGAUCCCAAUCCACCAAUCGAGGAGGUUAUACAGAAGAACAUUGUACCUCAAUUUGUGACAUUCUUGCGCAAUAACACAAAUGCAACGCUACAGUUUGAGGCUGCCUGGACACUGACAAACAUUGCGUCGGGUACCUCGCACCAAACCAAGAUUGUCAUCGAGGCCGGUGCAGUGCCCAUCUUCAUAGAGUUGCUGUCCAGCCCCCAUGACGAUGUGCAGGAGCAGGCCGUGUGGGCCUUGGGAAACAUAGCUGGCGAUUCACCCACGUGUCGCGAUCAUUUGCUUAGCUCUGGCAUUCUGUUGCCGCUAUUGCACGUGCUGAGCACUUCCGACCGCAUUACCAUGAUACGCAAUGCUGUUUGGACGCUAUCAAAUUUAUGCCGCGGCAAAAAUCCGCCAGCCGAUUUCUCCAAAAUAGUACACGGACUGCCCAUAUUAGCGCGCCUUUUGGAUUACACUGACGUGGAUGUGCUCUGCGAUACAUGCUGGGCCAUUAGUUAUCUAUCGGAUGGUCCCAACGACAAAAUUCAGGCCGUCAUUGAUGCGGGCGUCUGUCAGCGGCUUGUCGAGCUGCUACUGCAUCCUCAGCAGAAUGUGAGCACGGCGGCACUACGCGCUGUGGGCAACAUUGUCACCGGCGAUGAUCAGCAGACCCAAGUGAUAUUGAGCUAUAAUGCCUUGCCGUGCAUCAGCCUUUUGCUAUGCUCACCAGCCGAAACUAUUAAGAAGGAAUCUUGCUGGACCAUAUCAAAUAUUGCGGCUGGGAAUCGCGAGCAAAUUCAGGCAAUUAUCAAUGCCAAUAUAUUCCCACAGCUAAUGACCAUAAUGCAAACGGCCGACUUUAAAACACGUAAAGAAGCCGCUUGGGCCAUAACAAAUGCAACCAGCAGUGGCACUUCGGAGCAGAUACAUUAUUUGGUUCAGGUUGGCUGCGUACCGCCCAUGUGCGAUUUUCUCACUGUAGUCGAUUCGGACAUUGUCCAGGUAGCCUUGAACGCCCUUGAGAAUAUUCUGAAAGCAGGCGAAAAGUAUCAAGUGCGCCCCAAUCCCUAUGCAAUGACCAUUGAAAAGUGCGGCGGUCUCGACAAAAUUGAAUACCUUCAGGCACACGAGAAUCGCGAUAUUUAUCAUAAAUCAUUCUACAUCAUUGAACAAUACUUCGGCAACGAGGAGGAGGACACGCGUGUUGCGCCCGUUGCUGGCACCCAGCAGUACGAGUUUAAUCCGCACAAUUUGCCCGACAGCGGAUUCAAUUUCUAGCAUGACAACAGCAAACACAGAAAAUAUAACCAUAAACAAAUGGUAAUCUCUGGCCGCAUUCAGAGUCUAGUAUCGGAAUGUGUGUAGAGCCGGGUACAUCGACAGGCACUGACAACAUCGCAGUGUGCAGUCAUUAGCAUUUAAGUCAGAUAGCCCCCGACAUUUGUUUAAUGUUUUUUUUUAACGUUGUUUGUUUUCUUUUGUUACAUACUCUAUAUCAUUAUUAUUAUUAUUAUUUGCGGAAGCGUUCCGAAAAUUCGAUGUGUGCAUAUGGUCCAGGACCACAAAUCCUGCAUUUUAAUCCAAAUACGUUACAGCCACAGAUGUAUACAAGUUGCAAAAUAUACAUAUGUGUGUAUGUAUGUAUGUGAAUACAAGAUCGAUUUUUAGCUAGCUACAUUAAUAAAUCCCCCUAUAUUUUAUGUA